AUGCAUUUUUUCAAAACCACCACCCAGGUUCUUACCAUGUUCGCCGUUGGUAUUAUGGCCCUGCCUACCCCGUGCAACAUCGCCACAACCCAAAAGACAAGGGAUAUUGUGGCGCGAGCCGAUAACCCCCAUGGCAUUAACGUGGAAACUUCAACUGGCGCAAAAAGAAAAAAAAAAAAAAAGCAGUGGCCAUUAUUGGAAGUGCGGAAUAUGCCUUAA